AUGGAGGAAGAUCUUCAGCAAAAGGUUAAACGUUUAGAAGAAGAAAUCUGGCGUUUGAAAAAUCAAGACACAUACACAGCAGAUCUGUGCUCUUCAAAUGCUCCUCUCACUAAUUUGCCACUAACUCAAGAUGAAUACAAAAGAUAUGGAAGACAGAUGAUCGUAGAUGGGUUUGGAUCCUUAGAAGCCCAAUUGGAGCUUAAGGGUUCUAAGGUGUUGGUUAUAGGGGCUGGUGGCUUGGGAUGCCCUGCUUUAAUGUACUUGGGAGGUUGCGGGAUUGGAGAAAUAGGUAUAGUGGAUAAUGAUACCGUAGAUAUUAGUAACUUACAUCGACAAGUACUUCAUACAACGGACGCAGUUGGCCUAUUGAAAUGUGAGAAUGCCAAACGAUAUAUCAAUCGAUUAAACCCUCAUGUCAAGGUAGAAACUUAUCCAGUUCGUUUAAGUAAUGAUAAUGCAUUUUCAAUCAUUGAACCAUAUGAUCUUGUUCUUGAUUGUACUGAUACUCCAGCUGUUAGAUAUUUGAUCAAUGAUGUUUGUGUUAUUCUAGGGAAAACCAUUGUUAGUGGCUCUGGAGUUAGAACAGAUGCUCAAUUGACUAUUUUGAACUAUCGUUCUUCAGGACCUUGUUAUAGAUGUUUUUAUCCUACCCCACCAUCACCAGAAUCAGUAGGUUCCUGUGGAGAUAACGGUGUUAUUGGUCCAUGUAUUGGGUUGCUAGGAGUCUCCAUGUGCGUGGAAGCCAUUAAGGUCAUCACUGCUUAUUAUGACAAGGACGAACCUUUCACCCCAUUCCUAACCGUAUACCAAGGUUAUCCACAUCAAUCAUUUAGAAGAUUCAAAAUGAGACCGAAGCAAGCCAAAUGUGUAGUUUGUGGAAGUUCUCCAGUCAUAACCCGUGAAACUAUUGAAUCAGGUGCCAUUAACUAUGCUGUAUUCUGUGGUGCAACAAAGUAUAAUGUGUGUCAAGAUUCUGAACGAAUUACUGUUUCACAACUUGAGCAGUCAUUAUCAAAACAACAACAAUCUUACAUAAUUGAUGUGAGGCCACAACUGCAGUUCAAGAUUACUCACCUUCCGAAAUCAAUAAACAUUCCUUGGCAAGAAUCUAUCUCAUUUGUCGUUACGGUUUUCAAAAGGCAAAGGAUGUAA